AUGGCUGCAUAUUUUCCUAUAAUUCUGCUUUCAACCCUUCUCGCUAUCGAGGCUCAGCCUACAUGCACAAUCAAUAAUAAUACAGACGUCAUGUGUAUUCCAAAAGACAAUCACUACGUCUUAGAAAAAGGCUUGGUUUCGCAUAGAAAUCAAACUACAAGAAUAACACUUAGAAGAUGUCGGAUAACAGAUAUAGAUUUCGAAUCAUUUGAUGGGCUGCCAUCUCUAACAUACAUUGAUUUAUCUGUAAACAACAUAAAUACAUUAAGACUUGGCGUUUUGGAUGAAGCGGAACAAGUGACGCAUUUGAAUUUGUCCUAUAACAUGCUAACGGAAUUCCCUUUAGGUUUAUUUGACAAAAAUGUAAAUCUGGAUGUACUGGAUUUGCAAGGAAAUUUGAUCAAUUAUUUGGAAUUGGGAAUUCUUGAUCCGCUUACAAAGUUAAGGCAUUUGGAUCUAUCGAAUAACGCUUUAAAGGGUAAAAACAUGUCUGCUUAUUUAUUUGACCAAUGCACGAAUAUAAAAUAUAUUGAUUUUUCAAACAAUGACAUGAAUGGUUCACCAGACAAUUUGUUACACGCAUUUCAAACUUUGAAGUCUCUCAAUUUAAAUCGUUGUGGAUUGAGUGAAGUGCCUCAAUUUGCUAUUAUGAGCAAUUUGAAGACUAUAAAACAUUUAGUGUUAUCGUCUAAUGGAAUAAGUAGAAUAGACAACCCUAAUACCUUUGUUAACUUAGAUAAUUUAGAAAUACUAAAUUUGGCUUUUAAUUUUAUGGAAAGUAUUCACGAAAAUGUUUUUAAAUCUAUUAGAAACCUGAAAACGGUUAUGUUAAUGAAUAACGGAUUAAAACAACUGCCCGAAACAUUAUUUCAAAACAUGAAGAAACUUGUUAAUAUAAAUUUAUCGCAUAAUUUAAUCGAAUAUGUACCAGUCAACGCUUUCAGAGGAAGCGGUGCAAAAUAUUUGAAUUUGUCUGAUAACAGAUUUUCUUUUUUGACUUACAAUUUUUUAUUGGAAUUAAGAAAUUCUGGCACUAGAAUAGUUAAAUUUAAUUUUAAUCAAAACCCUUGGCAAUGUUCAUGUCUAAUACAAAUUCUGAAUGAAGUGAAAUCUAUGGAAGUCGAAUAUAAUUAUGUAAAAUUCAAUGGAAAAGACAAAGUGUGCGUGGCUAAAGAUGAGUUUGCUUGUAAAAGACAACCGAAUGACAAUUUAUAUUUUAAUGAAGUGUACUAUAAUCAUCAUUGA